AUGGACACCCGCAUACUGCACAACCGCGACGUCUGGGCGAGCAUCCGUGUGCUUUACCGCGCCGGGGUCCCCAAAGCGACCCUUCUGGACGACUUUGGGGGCUCGACCUCGACCAUGAAGCGCAUCAUCCGGAACGACUACCGCUCGGGGAAGGACGACGAGAGGGAGGACUGGGCCAUUGCGGAGGAGGCUGCGUUGCCAAAGUUCAAGGCGGCCUGGCAGCGUCUCUCCCUUGCACAGAAGGCACACGUAAAAAGGGAGCCACAGCAGGUCGUCGUACCCGCGGAUGGCCUGUCAGGUCCCCGCCGGGGAGCGCGUCGGCUGCCCAUCGACAUCCGAACCCCUAGUCCCGACCCGCUUGGUCGCGAAGCCAGCGUUCCACCACCAGGACAGCAGCCAGUGAUCGGUGAUCCAGAUGCUCACCCUAACUUCCUGUCGAAUUUCCUCAGGCAGAUCGGCCAGCCCGAGCUGUAUGAGCCACUGAAGGGGAUGAAUGUCGGCCGCGAGGACCUAUAUCGGCUCGCGGCCGCCGACGAGGAGCUACGCGACGCUUUCAUGGAGAAGUUGGCGGGUGACAUCCCUGGGUUCAGUGCGUGGAAGCGGAUCUGGUUCACGGAGAAGGUCAAACGACUACUCAUCGAAGUGGACGACACCUAA